UAUGAAAUGUUUGGAAAUGAAUGCUGCCUGCCAACCGGAGAAUUGAUUAAAAUUACUGGGUUCAAAAUUAAUAAGAUCAUUGCAAGCAUCUGCGAGAGUAAUGAAGACAGCCAGUGCUCAGCCAGAAUUGAAUUGCCUCUGAAUUUUCCAGGUCUUUGUAAGAUUGUGGCUGAUAAAACUCCAUAUCUCAGCAUUGAAGAAAUCACAAGAAAGGUUUCUAUUGGGCCAACACGACUGGGCCAUCCUUGCUUCUAUUGCAACAAAGACAUAAAAUUGGCAAAUUUCACCAUCAAACAAGGUGAGCAGAUCAUGUUCAACUCCGUGGAAGAGGUCAACGGGACACUGACUGUGAACUGUGGAGUGGUAAGAGAUAACCAGUCUCACUCCUUUACUUUGCCACUCUCACAAGAAGGAGAGUUCUAUGAAUGUGAAGAUGACCAUAUUUACACCCUGAAAGAGAUUGUUGAAUGGAAAAUCCCGAAAAGUAGAAACCGGAUUGUGAAAUUUACCAAUAUGUUACAUACGUGGGACUCCUCUAAUCCACUUCCUGAGAAUUUUGAUGGCUGUCUGAUUCUAGCACCGAUCUACGAAGUACAAGGAGUGAUGAAAUUUCGAAGGGAUAUAGUUCAUAUCCUCUCUGAUCUAGACAUUGAAGUCAUAGAUGUAACAGACUCUUAUGAUAUUAGCUGUUUCCUUCAGCCAUUAUCCAUGGAAGAUGUAUUUGAAAGGACAAGCAAAGAAUUUCCUAUGGUUGCUGAGGUAAUAGAAGGGCCCACAGGAAGACAGCAACUUUAUAAUUUAUUAUGUCCUGGGAAAGAAAUUGUCAUUCACAAAAAGUACCAGGCAAAAAGAAUCCUUGCAUCUGAGAUCAGAAGUGAUUCCCAUAAAAGACACUUUUUAAUUCCUGCCAGCUACAAAGGAAAGUUCAAAAGAAGACCUCGGGAGUUUCUAACUGCCUAUGACCUGGAGAUAGCAAGAAGUGACAAGGAGCAGCUUCAUGUUGUAGCAACUAAAGCUUUUGAUUCUCCCCAUGCAGAAUUGUUUUCUGUUUCUGUUGGAGACCAGUUUCUAGUUCAACAGCGCCAGACCGGAGAAGUCAUAUAUCAGGGAAGGAAGAAAGUGAUAGAUGUUUUGGCCUGUGAACAAAUACUAAGUGAGGCCUAUAAGGAAGUGCUUCUUCCUAUGUAUAUGGAAGGUGGCUUUGUAGAAGUGAUUCAUGACAAGAGACAGUACCAGCUUUCAGAGCUUUGCAAAGAGUUCCGCUUGCCCUUUAAUGUCAAAGUGUCUGUGAGGGAUCUCUCCAUUGAGGAGGAUGUCUUGGCUGCUAUGCCUGGACUGCAGCUUGAAGAAGAAAUCACAGACUCUUACUUGCUAAUCAGCAGUGCUGGCGAUCCUGCGGACAGUUGGGAAAUUCCUGUGUAUCGUCUAAAUAUGUCUGUUCAGUUGCUCAGCAAAUCUGUUGCUGAAACUGUAUCCUCCCCAACUAGGACCAUUGUGGAAGAGAUCAGUGAAGAACAAUAUUACAUGGUGAGGAGAUUUGAAAACCAAGCCCUACACCCACCACCCAGACCUCCCAAAAAGCCAACAACACUGGAAUCAAAACCUCUUCUUACUCUAGCAGAACGAAGUGUGUUGGAUGCACCGCAUGCUGUGAGGAAUCUCUAUGUAGACACCACUAAGAAACUGUGCUCAGAUCAAGCUACUGCUGUUUCAGAAUUACAAGUUAGUUGUCAAAAUGAUUUAGUGCACUGGGAGAAUGAGGACGACGUGACUGGGACAGCUACAUUACUGGACAGCAAUGUGAUUAAAGGUCCAAUAAACAACAUGCUUUUGGAGGAGAAGCACAGCUAUGAAAACGUAAUUGAAAACGUAAGGAAAAAAUUCCAAGAAAGCACAGUUCAAAAUAAAACGUAUCCCCUGAAGAAGAAGAGGGAAGAAACCUCUAAAAUGGAAUAAUACUGAAAUUAACCCAAAAUGACUGAAAAAUUGCAUAUAUUAUGUAAUUAGAUCAUCCACAACUACAAUCACAGAUGAAGCAUGAAAGAAACACCGUCUUCCUUCUGUCUCAUGCAUCCAAGGUUGCAAUUCAACUACACCAAGCCCCUGAGAAACGAACUACUUUCACAAUCAUAAAUAAAAAGUCAAGCACGCUAAUGGUUCCCUUUGUAAAUAUGUAUUCACAAAUUCAUAUAAUUAUGCCAAUUAGCAUCCAGUUUUGCCUUCUCAGUGCACCCAAAACACCCACUGAUUUCCUAGGCCACUGUAGGGCACUUGCUCCAGGCCAAUUCCUUAUUCUAAAGUGUCCUAUAAUUACAAAUGUUUUGGGAAGAGAGGCUAAAGUAAUUCCUCAUUUAAUUAAACAAUUGCAAAUGCUCCAGGUUGAGUUUCAGGUAUGGCGUACUCAAAAUUACCAAGAGUCAGAUUCAGCCACCCUUUCUGGUGCUGUGUAGUAUCUUACUGUGCAAGUAGUACCUUUGCUUCAUAAGUAAUCCCACUGAAAUCAAUGCAGCUGCUCACAGAGUAAAAUACUACCCAGUGGGACUAAGGGUGGCUGAACCUGGCACAAAGUAAAUCAGAGUAGAUUGUAUCCAUACUGGGGAUAGGAAGGGCUGAUCUUGUGGGAUUUGAGUAGGAGCCACUAAGGGUACAUCUACACUACGGGGGGAGUCGAUUUAAGAUACGCAAAUUCAGCUACGUGAAUAGCGUAGCUGAAUUCGACGUAUCGCAGCCGACUUACCCUGUUGUGAGGA